CAUCUACCCCGCUUGUGUCUGCUCUCGACCGCCCACGAUGUCUUUGUCUCUCCAGGUCUCUGCGAGCCCGUUCUCGACGAAUAUCUGCCUCGUCCACUCCAUCUUACGGUCCAUCUGCGCCUACCAGUAGGCUGCGUUUGGAAAAUGCACGUUGCCCGCUCUGUACGUGGUAUCACACGAAUAAUUCAUUCGAUAUCACUUGUAAAAGUGAUGAGCAAUGCGCCAAUUGUAAAAGAGCCCAACUUCAGUGCAGCCAGCCGAGAGGCGGGCGACGUUUGGCUGGUCAGCCGUCUCAAACCUGGUAAGUCUUAGACAGAAUCCUCUCCAGAAUUCGCAAGUCUUCCUUCCAGUCCGCAACGAUGGCUACACAACAACCCUCCGCAGCAAUCCUCUCUGCCGGAUCGACCGCGACUUUGGACCUCCUUGAUCUUCUCUCGUCUGGUCCUAGCGAGAGUCUUCUAUCAACCGGUCUUGACUUCCUCCCCGCCGUAGAAAGCUCACACUCAUUUGACAACGUCCCUCCUUUCCCGACGACUGCUAAACCCCUCAUCUUCUUCCCCGACCUCGGCACUUCCCUGCUAUACUCAACACCCCCAGCCACGUUUGCUGACGAUGCUACCCCUGCUCUCACCACCCUGCCCACUGGCCCGCGCCUCAAGGUGAUGAUGAUGGAAAUCCUCUCUGUCGAGGCUUGGAAUGAAUCUAUCGUUCCGAAGUCUGACUACCCAAGGGAGGUAGAUAUGGACGCGGCUGACCUCGACGCAUCCAAACCUUCCCUAUGGAUCCCUGAGGGAUCACUGUUUUCACCACAGAACUUCUCAGCCCUGUUUCGCAAGGGUCUCAGUCGCGUGGUUGAGGAGCCUUCCUCUCCCCUUGACGACCGGGACUUCGAUGCAGACUUGACUCUCGUAGAGCCAAAUGUGUCUGCUAUGUCUAGUUUCGCAUCUCUCUCAGACACCCUCUCCCGGCACGUCAACGCUCCUCGUCUACAGCCGGUGCCGACCAUACUGGUAUCGAGCUCAACUGCUGCCCUGCCGCUUUCUCUGGGAUCCUCUCCGGAUCUCCAACAUGAGCUUCCUUUGGCUGUUCGGCGUGGCAAGAAGGUGCCUCCUGCACUGUCUCUUGGUCAGUCGAAGAAGGCACAGCCCACCGAUUGUAACGAGGACGCCUAUCCCGAUAUUCCGACACCGUUCUUGGGUUCUCCGACGUCUUCCACACCUAUCACUGAACAACCCCGGGAGCCGUCCAACUUCACUAUGGGGCUCUCCGCGAUGUGCGCAGACCUCCGAUCGCGUCUUCCUUUGCCGCCACCCUUCAGCCCUACGGAACCCACGCCGCCUCGGACGUACAAGGCCGAUAGUCCUUCAAGCUCGAUUUUUCCAUCGCAGGAUUCGGUGGUAUCAGAUCUAGACGACGAAGAGUGGGCGUUUGCCAGAGAUCUCGUCGCCGACUGGCAUGGUAUGAAGAAGCUCCGCGUGGAGGUCUCACCACCUCCUUCACCCGCCGUGGAACUGCCGUAUACCUCGGAUUCGGCCUCACCUACCGCUGAGACGUCGUUCGACGCAACACCGCCGUCUCUCGAGUCUGGCAGUGACAGCAGCAGUGACGACGAGGAUCCGGUACAGACACCAUCGAGCGUGAAGCAAACCCGACGCAAGACGGUCAUCAUCCAGACCCCCGAUCUUGUGCGGCCGGAGCAGACGGAGAAGGUGCUGUCGAUUGCCAGUGCCCCCGAUGGCGGUUGCGACAUUCUUACCCACAGCAUGAACGAGCCCGUUCCCUUCGAAACACCUAUCCUUGGGCAUCUCAGCUCUGAGCUGUUGAUUUCCACUCCUCCGGGAUCGAGGCCGUCGAGCACCGCCAGCUGCAAGCCUGUACGCGGCAUCCUGAAGGAGAAGAAGAGCGUCCGCUUCUCGACCGUCGACAUGUUCCACGAAUAUACUCCAUCGGUUCAACCUGCCCUCCAUCACGUCGCCGACGGUGUUACAGUUGCGCCACAGCAUCAUGCCCCAACCACGCUCCAAGCUGAGGCCGCCAUGCCCUCCCGCCGGCUCACUCUGACGUCCGCGGUGCACAGAAACUCCCCGCUGCGCGAAUCUUACGCUCCCACGUCGCUCGCCUCCGCUAGAAACCCGGACCCGCGCGCUCGCGCCCACAGCCCCGCCGUGCGGCAGCUUCAGGACCCCGCUCUCUGGCGUACGACGGCGAAGCACCCCGCAGUCCGCGCGCUCGCCCGUGCGCCCUCUGCCGCGAGUUCACCCACUCCGACCCUUGCGCGCCCCGCGGGCUCCGGGCGAGGUGGGGCCGUCCUGGGCGCUCCCAGUCUGCAGAGCCCGACGCCCACGCUUCUCGAAGCCCAGCGCCGCGCGCCGCUGCGCACGACCAACGCCCGCCAGCCCGCAGCUGCGGCGCGCAGGUCAGAACCCCUCAGUCCUGUCAAGCUCAGCCCUGUCAAGCCCACGCGGGCGAGCGUGCUUCCCGCGGCACGCGGUGGUGUGCCGGCGGCGUUCGCGCGCCGCGUGCUCAGGACGACUUCUAUCCCGCCGCGCGCCAGGAACGAGGUGGAUGAGAACGCGCGGAGACGAUCGCAACCCGCCGCCGGCAGGGAGGCUUCGUGCGGUGCUGUCGCGUCUGCGGGCGCGGGCAUGGGAGGGAAGAGCCGGAUGUCCGCGCCGCUGCGGAGUAUUUUCACCAAGCUUCGGGCGUGAGUGGCUCCGUGUCCUGUUGUAUGCGGAGUGGUACGGAGCGCACGGAAGCAGUCGUCGGCUCGUGCAUGUGCUGCAACUGCUGUAUUCUAUCGGUGUAUCAGUGACUGGCCAAUCGA